UGGUAGUUUUACUCAAUGGAUUGGGGUUAAUUCAUAUGGCUUGUUGACUUGAGGAAGGUGGAUUUACUUAACAGUGACCAUACUACUAGUCACUUCCAUUUACCCUCGUACGAUGGUUGACUCCAUUGCCAUAUUAUGGGCAUUUGAUGGAUGCUCCCCUGUCAUGAGUUUUACCGGUUUUGCCAUCUGCAGCUUUACUCUAGGCGGCUACUAGGUCAACUUCUCCUGGCAGUUGCCUGGCGUUGGCCCGCAUUCUGUUAUCUUAUUUACUAUGCAGGACCAAGUAAGGCAAGGCUGAUACCUAGGGACUACUGUACAGCAGUAAGUAGUAGCUAGCCAGUAGCCACCUACCCAAGCGUGAUAUCACC